GGCCCAUAAGGAUAUUCAGUCAAAUUAAGAAGAAAUACAAACCCUAACACGGCGGCGACGGAGUAAAUAAAAAAAGGCGGGAAAAUGGCGGCGGCGGCACGUGGAAGUGGGUUGAUGAAAUUACCGACGGUAACUUUUGUUACAGGAAAUGCAAAGAAGCUUGAAGAAGUUAAAGUUAUUUUAGGACAAUCAAUUCCUUUUCAAUCACUUAAGCUUGAUUUGCCGGAAUUGCAAGGCGACCCGGAGGAUAUUUCUAAAGAAAAAGCCCGUUUAGCGGCCAACCAGGUGAAAGGCCCGGUGCUAGUUGAAGAUACUUGCCUAUGUUUUAAUGCUCUCAAGGGUCUUCCUGGGCCUUAUAUCAAGUGGUUUCUCCAAAAGCUUGGUCAUGAAGGUCUAAACAAUAUGCUGGUGGCUUAUGAGGAUAAAUCUGCCUAUGCAAUGUGCAUCUUUUCUCUUGCAUUAGGGCCAAAUCUUGAACCCAUUACGUUUGUGGGAAAGACCCCGGGGAAGAUUGUUUCUGCUAGAGGUCCAAAUGAUUUUGGAUGGGAUCCAGUCUUUCAACCUGAUGGCUAUGAUCAGACUUAUGCCGAAAUGCCCAGGGAAGAAAAGAACAAGAUUUCUCAUCGCUCAAGAGCUCUGGCACUAGUAAAAUCCCACUUUGUGGAGGCUGGUUAUGAAUUCGAUACAUAAGAUAGAAUUUACUUCUGUUGGUGUAUCAUUAGAUUCAUGUUGGACUUAUAAACAACGUUUACAGAUAGAAUGUCUGGCUUGAAACUGAUCGGUGGGAAUUAUAUCAUGUGGUUGACCAUUUGUAUAAUUGUAUGCAAAAACUAGCUUUAUAUGACUAAGUUUUUGACCACUUCUACAAUGGUAGACUGGUAGUACCCAUAUUUGUAGUAAACAUUGUAAACUGGUUAUUAUAAUUUGAAACUGUGAUGUGAUACACCAA